UUCAUCAGUGGAUAUCGGUCCAUCUUUAUAAUAAAGAAAAUUCACGUCAUCACGCUGCCCAAAAACGAUCGCAACAUUCAAAACAUACGGAACGUGCUCGGCGUCCAUCGUCAAUUUGCUCUCUCUUGCAAAUUACGUCGACCGCCUUUGACAAUCUUUCUGGUGCACUGCAAGUACUACAAACGGAAUUCCUCGAGGCCGUCGCCAUCGCCAUCGCAAAAUCCAAAAUUGAAUUACAGCCAACCUGUUCGACUUGGACAACUGUACAAUACAAAUCUUGCUGUUUGGAGGCACCAACCAACCACCAGCACAGGCACAUCAUCUGAGUCAGGGGCAUCUGACAAGGGCGCCAGACGGACAACAUCCUCUAAAGAAUCGGAAACAGCGGAGGAAGAAGAUCGAGCGGAGAUGACGCUACCGAGUGCCGCUCGCGUUUAUACAGACGUGAAUGCUCACAAGCCGGAUGAAUAUUGGGACUAUGAGAACUAUGUGGUCGAUUGGGGAAAUCAGGAUGAUUAUCAAUUGGUGCGCAAGUUGGGGCGUGGCAAGUAUUCGGAGGUAUUCGAGGCCAUCAACAUAACGACCACAGAGAAGUGCGUCGUGAAAAUUCUAAAGCCCGUCAAAAAGAAGAAGAUUAAGCGCGAGAUCAAGAUUUUGGAGAAUUUGCGUGGCGGCACCAACAUAAUUACGCUGCUAGCUGUUGUCAAGGACCCGGUGUCUCGUACGCCAGCAUUGAUCUUCGAGCACGUGAACAACACGGACUUUAAGCAGCUAUAUCAGACGCUGACAGACUACGAGAUCCGCUAUUAUCUAUUCGAGCUAUUAAAGGCGCUCGACUACUGCCACAGCAUGGGCAUUAUGCACCGCGAUGUGAAGCCCCACAAUGUGAUGAUCGACCACGAGAACCGCAAGUUGCGCCUCAUUGAUUGGGGCCUUGCUGAAUUCUAUCAUCCCGGCCAGGAGUACAAUGUCCGGGUGGCGUCCCGCUACUUUAAGGGCCCCGAAUUGCUGGUCGAUUACCAGAUGUAUGACUAUUCUUUAGAUAUGUGGUCCCUUGGUUGCAUGUUGGCCUCGAUGAUAUUUCGGAAAGAGCCGUUUUUCCAUGGCCACGACAACUACGAUCAGCUAGUGCGCAUUGCCAAGGUGCUGGGAACCGAGGAGCUAUACGCUUAUCUGGAUAAGUAUAAUAUUGACCUGGAUCCGCGAUUUCAUGACAUCUUGCAACGCCAUUCGCGCAAGCGGUGGGAGCGAUUUGUUCACUCCGAUAAUCAGCAUCUAGUGUCGCCGGAAGCAUUGGAUUUCCUUGAUAAGCUCUUGCGCUACGAUCAUGUCGACCGUCUCACCGCUCGCGAAGCCAUGGCGCAUCCAUACUUUGUGCCCGUUGUCAACGGACAAAUGAAUCCUAAUAACCAGCAAUAGGAGGAGUUGAUCAACAUUCUGAAGUAGAUGUCCAUAACGCAUAUUACGAUAAUAAUAAAGUGAGGUGAGCCGAGCGAGAGCAGAGGAGAGGAUGGACAAUGAUUAGCGGACGGAAGAAGUGGAGUGCAUAAAAUGUAUGUCGUCGUGCAGCAUCGUGAAGCGGAUAAAGAUCAGUGAAGAAUAAACAAAAUCAGCAAUAAGGAAACGCAUCGACAUAGAGUUUGGAAAACAUGGUUAAAUAUGGACGGACUGUUGUAGAAAAUAUAGAAUAAAAACACCGAAUU